UCUGAGCGGAAAAGUAGUGAUGGUGACAGGGCGUCCUCAGGAAUUGGGCGAGAGUUGUGUCUCGACUUGGCGAAAGCCGGCUGCAGCAUCAUUGCUGCUGCUCGUCGUGCUGACAGGCUCAAAUCUCUCUACGACGAGAUCAAUUUACAGGGCCCCACCCCGUGCAUUCGCCAUGGAGCUUGACAUCACCGCCGACGGUGCUACCAUUAAGGCCCCCGUACAAAUAGCUUGGGACGCCUUCGGAGGUAUCGAUGCCUUGGUUAACAAUGCCGGAGUUAGAGGUAGUGUGAGCUCUUCGGUGGAUUUUUCGGAGGAUGAGCGGAACCAUACCUUUAAUACAAACCUAAGAGGGGCAUGGUUGGUUUCCAAAUAUGUUUGUAGGCGAAUGCGCGAUGCUAAACAAGGCGGAGGAUCUGUAAUUAGUACUUCUUCAGCUGCUGCUUUGAAUCGGGUAGUGUAUCCGGGGAGUCUUGCUUACACUUCUUCAAAUAUGGCGCUUGACAUGCUCACUAAGAGGAAAUGAGAUCAAAGAAAAGUUAGUAAUGCUAAAUCAAAGGAGACGAUGCUAGGACAAGAAGCUAAAAAAAAGGAAACCAAAUCACAGAAGAUUCAGCAGAAGCUCAAGCCAAGAAGACCAAGAAGGAAGGACGGAAGCAAUGGGAGACAAUUUGAGUGGGAAACACAACAUAGUGGGAGACAAUUGGAAGUGCUGCUCCUUUCUUUGAUAAAACAUGAAGCACUCCUUGGAUUAAUUAAUCUACCCCACAAAAUGGAGACAAUUUGAAGUGUUGCUCAUUUCCUCAAUAAAGCAUGGAGCAUUCGACAUGGAACAGAGCACUCCUUGGAUUAAUAAAUCUAGCCCAUCUCUCUUGAAGGAAUCAAAAACACCUUUCUGGAAUGAAAUACCAAUACACAACAAUACUCGCCUAUAAAAUAUGGCAAACUCAAGGAUUGAAUUAUGCAACUACAAAUACUGUCUUCUAAGUCUCUCUAGUUCUUAAUACAAGCACUGUAUUCUUAAGUCUACAAGUGUCAUAAAAGAUAGAAAUAGUUAGAAUACAAAAGAGAGUUGUGUCAAUAUCCAGAAAUUAUUGUUGCUAAACAUUGUUGCUGGUGAACGAGAUAAAACCAUCACUAUUGUAAUUAUUUAUCAAGAUCUAAGAGAACCAUUGUGACCCAAGAAAAACUGGACGUAAGUACCACACCGGUACCGAACCAGUAUAAAAACUGUUGUGUCUCAUUUUGCUUUCAAUUCAUUGCAUUCUUCUCUAUCU